UGAUUGGAUAAAGGGAAAAGGGUCACGAAUCAAGCUCAUGACAUGCUCAUUGGAGAGUCACGACACGAGCAUGAAUCCACUCCAGCUGCGCGUAUAAAUUGCAAGAGCUACUUGCAGAAGGCCAUCCAUUCUCUGCAAAGAAGAAGAGAAAGAGAGAGAGAGAGAGAGGAGAGGGAGAGAGGGGACUGUGAAUGGGGGAGGAAGUGAAGAUGGCGGAGACUGCAACGGCAGCACCAGAGAAGCCAGCCCACUUUGUGUUGGUGCAUGGGAUUGGAGGGGGAGCAUGGUGCUGGUACAAGAUAAGGUCCCUCAUGGAGAGCUCCGGCUACACCGUCUCUUGCCUCGACCUCGCGAGCGGCGGCGUCGACCCCACCGACCCCAACACCGUCCUCGCCUUCGACGAUUACAACAAGCCGUUGCUGGACUUCCUGUCCAACUUACCGGACAAUGAACAGGUGAUCUUGGUGGGUCACAGUGCAGGAGGGCUGAGUGUAACUCAGGCUUCAGGCAAGUUUCCCGGAAAAAUCAAGGUUGCAGUUUAUGUGGCCGCCUCAAUGCUCAAGUAUGGUUUCCACACAGAACAAGACGUUAAAGAUGGAGCGCCAGAUCUAUCAGGAUAUGGGGACGUCAACCAUUUGAUAUUUGGGCUCGGACCUGAUAAACCCCCAACAAGUGUAAUUAUUAAGCAGGAGUUUCAGCGCAGUAUCAUUUAUCAGAUGAGCCCUAUCGAGGACUCGACGCUGGCUGCGAUGCUAUUGAAGCCGGGGCCGGCUACGGCGCUGAUGACGGCGAAAUUCCCCGAGGAGGGCGCGGAGAGAGUGAGGCGAGUGUACAUAAAGACGGCACAGGAUCGCGUGGUGAAGCCGGAGCAGCAGGACGCGAUGAUCGCGAGGUGGCCGCCCAGCGAAGUGUUCACGUUGGAUAGCGAUCACAGCCCUUUCUUCUCCGCCCCGUUCUUGCUCUUCGGAUUGCUCGUCAAGGUGGCUGCUUCUUGUGGAUGAAUGAAUGAAUGAACAAUCUUUGGUUUCUUGAUUCUAGCAGGACCAAGUCUGCGUCCUCGUUAUCUCAAAGCCAUUUGUUCUGGAAUUACUACUGCUCUUGAAUAACACUAAGUACAUGUAAUAAUGAAAGAUCUCUAAACCAUUUUCCAUGAUAAGAUUAGAAGAAAUAAAUAUUUAUAUUUUUUUGGU